AUGAGUGCAUCCACCUUAAAGAUCAAAGUUGAAGGAAAGAAUAUCUUCCCAGCACAAACCGACGGAAGUAGUAAUGUAUUUGGUGAUGGGGAAUUUGUCUUGGCUCGAAUGAGAUGGAUGGAAGACAGUGAAGCAGUCAUGUGUAACUUGUGUUGUAACAAGUUCAACCAAUUUCGUCGUAAACAUCAUUGUCGUGUUUGCGGUAGAGUAACGUGCAAUAAGUGUUGUAAAGAAAAGGUUCCGUUACCGCACCUUGGUUAUCCUGAUCCUGAGCGUGUCUGUGAAGAAUGUCUUACAGUUACGCAAUUAAUUUCAAAAUCUCGCUCACACAUUUUAUCUUUUCAAAUAGAGGCUGCUGAUGGUCUGUAUAAAGAACUACAGGAUCCCAAGGGAAUGGUUCAAAUAGUACAACUAGGUGGUAUACAGACUUUGAUUUACCUUGCCAGAUUGGAUAAUAUAGACAUCAGAAAGCACACAGCUGCUGGUAUUCAUAUACUCUCUACAAAUCCAGCGUUGCAUGCCACAUUAGCUGGUGCUGGCGCUAUCAAAGCACUAUGUAGUUUACUGCGUAGAUCACAGACAAGUGAAGAACAAACCAUUAUUGAUUGCAUCAGUGCAUUGAGAAUAUUCUGUAAAUCUGCUGAACUCAAGAUGAAAGCUAUUGAUGAUGGAGUACUUCAACCGGUUUUAUCGUUAUGUAGUGCAAGAGAAGAGAUAGCGCUGUUAGUUGUCAUGAUAUUAAGUUUGAUUGUGGAGCAUCAUGGGACUCAUACUGCUGUGAUUGAGAAUGAUCGAAAUGCUUUACCAAGAAUAUUAGACCUCACAUCCUCACAAGAUGAACAGAUGCAGGAAGUGGCACUAAGAACCCUGGCAUUAUUAUCAAUGGGAACUGACCAACAUAAACAACGACUUGUUCAGGAAGAUUAUGCACGUGGUAAAUGUUUUACAGCAGCAGUGCGAAGGAAACCUAAGAAUACUCAGGUUGUGUGCAAUGUAGCUUGUCUACUGGCAAAUUUAGCAGCUCUACCUGAACAAAACCAGAAUGCAUUACAAGACUAUCUAUGCUGUGCAUGUGAAAUGCUAAGUGAAUACUCUUCACUCAAUAAUGUCAUGGGUCAUGUCUCGAGAGCAAUUGCUAACUUUGCUAAACAUCAAAUCCACACACACAAACUGCUUGAGCACUUGAAUACUAUUAUUACUUUAUUUCUCAAGUCAACAACAGUUUCAAUCCAGUACCAAGGUAUUCGUGCAGUUCUGUAUCUGUUAUCGCAUUCAACUGAAAUCACAACAACAGCUUUAUUGAGAGAGGGCGCUACUGAUGUUCUUUGUGGUAUUGCUCACAUACCGGGUGUCAUCAAUGCAGUGCAGGCAGCCAUACUACUUAAUGUACCGGAUACAGACAAACCUAACCCCUAACUUGUUGAUUAUUCUUCAUUGCAUCAGGAAACUGAGAUCCUAUACUAUUGUAACCAGAGUACUUUUAUUAAUUUUUAAAACUAUGAAUUUUUCUGAUUUUAUGGCAGUCAGUAAUGCUAUUGGUCAUAAGACAGCAGAGAAAAUGUUCACUAAUUCAUGAAAUUCAUAAGAAUUUGUCUUCUAUGAAAUACGAUAAAAACAUAUGGUAUAUAUGCAGGAGGAGCUACAUUUAUAAAUAAACAAAAUAUAUUUAGAUAUCAUUAUUUUUGGAAGACACACAAGUUAUAUCAAGUACAUGUACACUAUUUUUCACUUAGUAUUGGGGCAGUCCUCAAUUCUUUUGACAUCGUAUGA